AUGGCUCCAUCUGCAGACGUCGUGCAGCCCUUGCCACCGCCUCCAAGCACCAGCGUUCCUCUCAACGCCCCAGAACCAGAGCACUGUCCAGGACCAGAGUCUGAAAACGCUGGAAAAGGUGAUGCCUGUCAAGGGUGUCCCAACCAGAACAUCUGUGAAAGUCUACCCAAGGGACCUGAUCCAGAUAUCCCGGUGAUAACCGAGCGCCUUCAGAACAUCCAGCACAAGAUCCUAGUUCUUUCGGGAAAAGGCGGUGUAGGCAAGUCAACCUUCUCCCUGAUGCUCGCAUGGGCGCUUGCUGCUGAUGAAGAUCUCGAAGUAGGGGCUAUGGAUCUUGAUAUUUGCGGCCCCUCGUUGCCUAGGAUGCUUGGGGCCGAGGGAGAAACCGUCCACCAGCUGAACUCAGGCUGGUCACCGGUGUAUGUGGCCGACAACUUAGGCCUCAUGCUGAUAUCGUUCAUGCUCCCUGACCCCGACCUGGCGAUUAUCUGGAGAGGAAACAAGAAAAAUGGACUCAUCAAACAGUUCUUGAAAGACGUCAACUGGGGGGAGCAUUUAGACUACCUUAUCGUAGAUACACCUCCAGGCACUAGUGACGAGCACCUUUCGGUGACAACGUACAUGAAGGAUGCUGGAAUCGAUGGGGCGCUUCUUGUGACCACUCCGCAGGAAGUGGCUCUUCUAGACGUGAGGAAAGAGAUCGAUUUUUGUCGAAAAGCCAACAUCAAGAUCCUCGGCCUCGUUGAGAACAUGUCUGGCUUUGUGUGUCCCAACUGCCAAGGAGAGCUGCGUAUAUUCAAGCCUACAACUGGCGGCGGCGAGCAGCUCUGUAAGGAGAUGAACAUUCCCUUCUUGGGCUCGGUUCCUCUAGAUCCUCGCAUUGGGCGUGCUUGUGAUAGUGGCGAGUGCUUCUUUGACGAUUACGCCGAUUCGCCAGCGGCAACAGCGAUCUUAGACGUGGUGGAGCGGCUUCAAGACCAGGUCGAAGUGUCUCUAGAGAGUCUCAAAAUUAGCUGA